AUAGUAUCAGAGAUAGAGAUUCAAAGAGUUGAUGACAAGAGUAGGCCCUUAGUGGAUGUAAAGAUUAUCAACUGUGGUGAACUUAUUCCAAAAGCAAAGGCUAAAGGUACAGGAUAUGUUUCCAUUGACUAAAUUUAUGUACAGAACUGUGCUCUAACAGCCGUGCUGCCUGCUGACCCCUGGCAUCAUACUUUUGCUCUUGGGUGAUGUCUUACUGUUAUUUGUUAACUUUCAACUGCAGAGAAGAAAGCUGAAAAGAAAAGAAGGGAAUCUAAGCGACAUUCUGACAGCAGCUCCUCAGAUACUGACUCUUCAUCCAGUUCUGGAUCAGAAUCAGACAGUGAUCAGUCAUCA